AGUAGGUAUGGCCUAUUUCCAUGGAGAAUAUCGAGAGAGCGCACCAUUUCAGGGGACACCGACCGCCUACAGCUUCUUAGCUUGUUUCUCUCCUACUUAACCUUGUUCAGAAGCGGUCAAACCACUUUCUCCGCAUAUCAACAUUGCUUCUCUCCUGCAAACAUGGCGUGCGUUUGCCAAGAGCACAUUGUAACCUCCGCCAUCGGUGUGGCAUGCUCUUCUUGCCAAGCGUUCCAGGACCGGCUCGCUGAGACUCACUACGAUACAAGUCAUUCUGCAACUGAAACUUUGUUGUCGGCAGACUAAUGCUGAAACGCGAACUGUCCGCGAUUAUGGCAUUGCCCUAGCGGCGACAACCUUUCUCUAAUAUCACCUUUAACAUCCGUCAUCAAGCUCUCUUUCUAUUCAUCAGCUGAAUAACUUUACCAUCUAUGCGCAAUCUCAAGGUCUCUCCUCGGCAUUUGCCAAUCAGAUCACGGAUUAAUACUCGAUUUUCUGGACUGCUUUUGUUCAUCUUCAUAUAUCUCCUUCAUCUCUAUCACCCCCAAUUCUCGUUAGAGAUUCUACCAUCUCCUCUACGCUUCCCAUCGAGUCCAGCGUCAUGUCCUAUUAUCCCUCCAUAUCCCUCUAUUACCUCCUCACCAAACAACGUCUUCAACUGGCGAAAUAUCACUCAACACUACCCCGUGGAGGCUUUCGAGCAGUUACCCGCGGUUCAUACGAAGACCCUCGCAAGGAUACAACAUGAUUUUGACUCAGAGAAUCCACCACUUUACCACGAACUCAUGCGCAAACGCCGCCAAGCCGCCAUAAAAGCGACCUUCUCCCGCUGUUGGGGCGCUUAUAAGGAACUAGCAUGGAAGCAAGACGAGCUAUUACCUAUUUCUGGUAGCUCGAAGACUACAUUUGGCGGCUGGGGGGCCACGCUGGUUGAUAGCCUCGAUACUCUGUGGAUCAUGAACAUGAAAGAUGAGUUUAAUGAAGCCGUUGCGGCAGUCGCGGAGAUUGACUUCGUGGACGGAGACGGUGAGCUGAACAUGUUUGAGACCACGAUACGGUACCUGGGAGGGUUGCUUUCGGCGUAUGAUCUGACUGAAUGUAAAGAGAAGAGGCUACUACAGAAAGCAAUGGAGCUAGGCGACAUGAUCUAUGCGAGCUUCGACACACCGAACCGCAUGCCGGUCACGAGGUGGGUCGCAGCUAUGGCGGUGGGUGGGGAGGUGCAAGAAGCCGCGCAGCAGGGUGUACUUGCGGAGCUGGCAAGCUUCAGUCUAGAGUUCACGAGGUUGUCGCAGCUUACAGGCGAUAUGCGAUAUUACGAUGCAACAACGCGUGUUAUCGAUGUCCUCGCUCGGCAACAGAAUGAAACUAGGAUCCCGGGUCUGUGGCCUGUAGGCGUCAACCUCCAGACCCCAGAUCUCACAAAAGACACCCUGUUCAGCCUGGGCACCAUGGCGGACUCCGCAUACGAAUAUCUGCCCAAAACUUACCAAAUCCUCCACGGCGCUGCCUCCGCUACCCAAUACAAGUCCAUGUAUGAGACCGCCACAGAGGCCAUGAUCCAACACCUGCUCUUCCGCCCUAUAACUCCCGACAACGCAGACAUUCUCGCGCCAACCUCCGCGCGCGUACAACGCGAUGGCUCAAUUGUACGAGAUCACUCUGUGCAACAUCUUUCUUGCUUUACCGGCGGCAUGUUCGCUUUAGGUGCAAAACUGUUCCAAAACGCAUCUCAUCUCGAAUACGCACGCAGAGUCACAGAAUCAUGCAUCUGGAGCUACGACAACGCCCCAAAUGGAAUUAUGCCUGAGAUCUUCACAAUGCUGGCUUGUUCUUCCGCCUCGCCUUCGAAUAAUAGCGUCAACUGCACGUUCAACCCUUUAGUGUGGCCAGCACAGCAAUUCCCCGGUUUCGAGACGGUGAUUGAUGCGCGCUACAUGCUAAGACCUGAGGCUAUCGAAAGCGUCUUCUACAUGUAUCGCAUUACGGGGGAAAGUCGGUAUCAGGAUGUGGCGUGGAAGAUGUUCCAGCAGGUGGAGAGGCGCACGAGGACAGAAUUUGCGAAUGCCGCUAUUAGGGAUGUAACGAGAAAGAUGGACAGAAGCGGUAAUGGAGGAACAGAGGAUGGAUGGCAGGAUUUAGAGAAGGUUGACAGUAUGGAAAGUUUCUGGCUUGCCGAAACGUUGAAAUACUUUUACCUAGUAUUUAGCGAUCCUGGCUGGAUGAGUCUAGAUGAGUGGGUGUUUAACACUGAGGCGCAUCCUUUCCGAUUAUAAGGACCUCUCGUAGAAUCUUGUAUGCGUGAGACCUGGUCUUGCUGGCAAGCAAGCGUGUCACAUAGUAUUAAUGCCCGAUUAU